AUGUUAAGUGGGGAACAACAUUCAUCGCGGUCACUGUCUGAGUCAGUUCUAUCUGGCUCUAUACGUACUGGACCAGCAAAUGAGCUAAGCGAACGUUUAUCUCAUCAUUCAUCGAUUUCUGAUGAAAAUAAUAACGAUAACAUUUCAUCACCACCAACACUACCAAUAUUUCCUAUUCCAUCGGCUUUUGCUUUAAUAUCAAAAUCAGCUUCAGCAUCAAAAAGUAGUACUCCUUUUGCAUCGAUCCCAAAAACAACUACACAUUCUAGAAAUGUACAAAAAAAAUCUAAUAAUCCAACUGCUUACCAAACAACUGUACAUCGAAUAAAUACUAAUGAAAAGAAAAAAGUUGGACAAACAAAUCAUCAUCAAACAAAAACACAAUCGAAAUCAAAAUAUUUAACAACACCGACAAUUUGUGUUCGAGUUAGUGCACGUGAAAUAGAAAGGGAAGAACCAACGCCAAUAUAUGUUACACAUAGUCGUGGAGGAAGAAAACAUAAAAGUGUUUUUGAAAAAGUUGAUUUACAUAGUGGACGUACUACUUUUUUGGGCUGUGGUACAUAUCCGCAAUUAGAAGAUUGUAUAAGUGAUUGUUUAGCACGUGAUCGACAUCAUAAAGAUAUUGAAAUUUGUACUACUCCAAAAUAUGAUGAUACAUUAAAAUGUUUAAAACGUGCAUCUAUACUUGACGAUUAUAGUUAUGAUGGAGUUUUAUCACCAAAUUGCUAUAGAAUUCGUUCGAAUAGUUGUCAUCGUCAUCAUUAUGAUCAUCAUAAAAAAUGUGCAUCCGAACUUUCUCUUCGUGAAAUUCGUGAAGUUAAUGAUAAUCUUGAGAAAUGUGGUAUACCUGUUUUUUCACAUCACCAUCAUGAUCAUGAUCAUGAUCAUCGAUCACGCAAUGUUGGUGAUAUUGUUUCGGCAUGUAAACUUCUACUCUCAGAUCCAACAUUUGGAGCAUAUAGACAAGGAAAUCAAGCUGUAUCACAUGUUUGGGAUGCUAUACGUAAUUAUCAACCGUCUUCAGACGUUCCGGGCUAUCCACCACCAGCUGCACAGGGUGUUGGUUCACCUCCUUUUGGUCCUCCUCCUUUUGGUCCUCCUCCUUAUCAACCUCCAUACAAUCCGAUGCAACCUGGUGCACCGAAUACAUUUUAUCCUCCUCCUCAACAACCGCCAUCCGGUGGUGGUCAAAGUGUUUUGUCACGUUUAUUUGGUGGUGGUGGUGGUGGUGGACAACAACCACCCCCACCAUUCCCACCACCACCACCACCCCAACAACCUCCAUCCAGUUCUGGUCAAAGUGUUUUGCAACGUUUAUUUGGUGGUGGUGGUGGUGGUGGUGGACAGCAACCUUAUCCAGGAUGA